CUGUAUAUAUUUUUUUUAAAGGUGAAUUGAAGGAGGGUCUUAAAUGAGAAAAAAAUAAUACUACGUAGUAUAAAAUAUUGAUUAAUGUACACUUAUUUACAUUUAUGCUCAGGGCUUGCUCCACCUUAAUAUAAAAAAUAAAAAUAAAAAUUGUGUUUGCUAAAAUAAAAUUCUUUUGCAGACCCCUCGAACCCCAGACCUUCCAUCAUCUCCCUCAUCUUCCACCACUUUUCUGUCAAAACCACCCAGGAAAACCCCCCAAUUCCCGCCUUCCUCAACCCCCAAUUUCAUCCCAAACAUUCAAAUUCCUCCUUACAUCACUCCAUGAAACUGAAAUUCAAUUCCAUCAUCUGAUGUUCAUCAUCAUCACCCACUAAAAUCAAUGGACACGAUCGUCCACUCUGCACUCGAGGAGAUCUGCAUACAAGGUGUUAAUGGCGUCUCACUCUCCCUCCUCUGGCCUCGCCUUCACUCUUCUCUCUCGUCUGCAGAAAUCAACCUCUGCCCUGCUGUAAAGCGGGCCGUAUGGUCGGGCCUUGUUGCUGUUCCGGGCCUCCAGUUUAGGGAUGUUAAUGGGUCGGAAUUACCCGACCCGAAAUCGAAGUCGGUUGAAGAGUGUGAGAGUUUGGAUGUGAAGGUGGUUGCUAAUGAGCAGCUUCGAGGAUGCUUUGUUGGGUUGUAUGAGGUUAAAGCUUCCAAUAUUACUGCUCCUCAGCAACGGGUUCUUGAGCGUCUUGCUCUUGCUAGGGAAACUGGAGUGACACAGAAUCAACUCUCUAAGGACCUUGGGAUACCUGGAAACAAUAUCUUUUAUGUGGUCAAGAGGCUUCAGUCCUGGGGUUUGAUUGUUCGGCAGGAAACAAUAGUGAGAACAAAAGAAACAUCUAGUGACAAGUUGCCAAAGAAUAGUCAACCUGUGCGUACCAAUCUCAUUCACUUACAUCGCUAUGCGCUGCCUUUGAGCUCUCAGCAAAGACUUGAGAUUACAAAAGAAAACAAGAAUUUGGAAGAAAACCUUGGAGAAAAUGUCAGUGGUGCUGACCUUGAAGAAUGUGGCCAAGAUGAUGUGCGUGUCAAGGAUUUCUUGCCUGCAAUCAAAGCUGUUUGUGAUAGACUUGAGCAAGCCGAAGGCAAGGUUCUCGUGGUCUCAGAUAUAAAGCAGGAACUUGGUUAUCGAGAAACGAAAGGACACAGAGCUUGGAGAAACAUUAGCAACAGGUUGAAGCAGGCUGGUCUUGUUGAAGUAUUUGAGGCAAAAGUAGAUAGCAAAGUGGAAACCCCUACGAAAUCCAAAAAGGGCAGAUCUAGAGGGCAAAACAAGCCUGUCAGUUGUUUGCGAUUGCUGAAGAAUUUUUCUCCAAAGUAUUUUCAACAAAAGAAUCGAGAUGGCAAGUAUAUUGCCUCAGAGCAGCUUGUGGAGCUUCCUUUUGAGCAACAAAUAUAUGACAUGAUUGAUAUUGAAGGAUCUAAGGGGCUGCGUGGAGUUGACGUUUGCGGAAGGCUUGGUAUCAGCACUAAAAUGCUCGACAACCUGACCAAUACAAUGGUCUCCCGGUUUGGUUUGCAUCAGCUUUCAGAAACCCUUGAGAGAGGGUCAGCUUAUCGGUUUUGGACAAAAGGAAAUUUCUGUCCUGAAUUACCUAAUUCAUCAUUCAACAGAUUACAAGAUGGCUCUGGUGGGCAUCCAUUAGCUUUAGCAUCUAUUCAAGAGCCAAAUCAUGGUGCAAGCUCCCAAAGAACCAUUGCUGAUAUGGAUUCCUUAAACUCACAAAAAUGGCUAACUGGAGAUAAUAUGGAGAAGAUAGAUACUGAGCAAGAACUUGAGCAUGAAUCUCAGCAGGGCAGAGGAUCAGUCCAAAUUGUUGCUUGUCCUGGAGGUUCACCAGGUUUAGCCCUUGAUAUAAGCAAUAUUGUUCCUGGUUCAGCUAGUGGAAAUGAAUGUAAUGGUACAACUGAGGCGUUAGCAAAUUCAGUAUCCAUGCCAUUUGAACUUCAAGAAGGCCAAAGAUAUCCAUCAUUAACUAAUGCUCAGAGAGAGAUACGUUUACUUGAAAGACUCAAGACUGAGAAAAUCAUUGUUAAACCUGAGCUGCAAAGGUGGCUUGAGAGUUUUGAGAAGGACAAGAAGACAAGAAUGGACAGAAAGACCUUGACACAUUGUCUGAAUAAGCUUGAACGAGAAGGGAAGUGUAAACUCAUGGUCUUUAGUAUACCAGGUGUCUCAAAUUGUGGGCAUCUCCGUCAAGUACUUGUGGUUCUUCAUCCUUCUGUCCAAGGUUCGGCUAGUGAGCUGUCAGACCAAGUGCACGAUAGACUGAGAUCAUUUGAGAUGCAAACCCGUGGUGCCUUAUCUCAGUCAAAGAAGGAACUUCCCAUUCCUGUACUUCAUGGCAUUGAGAGAAUUCAGAUUAGUGCACACUCUGACACUCAAAGUGCUAAAUCGGAAGUUAUGCGUGCUAAUGGAUUUGUCUUGGCAAAAAUGGUUCGCACAAAGCUCUUGCAUCGUUUUUUAUGGGAUUAUGUGAAUAGUUCAGCUGCAUGCACUGAGGUGUCGACAUCGACUAAAAGUGUAAAGCCCACUAGAAACAGUUCUUGCCUAUUGUUUGGUUUAGAUGUUGCUAUCAAAGCUAUGCCUUUUGAACUAUUUUUGCAAGUGGUGGGCUCUCCUCUUAAAUGGACUGAUAUGAUUGAGAAGUGCAAGACUGGCCUUCUUCUGUCUGAUCUUCCUGACGAAGAAUUCAAGAUCAUGAUGGAUACUCGAGCAACUGGAAGGCUAUCGUGGCUUAUUGAUAUUUUGCGCCGUCUCAAGCUUAUCCGGCUGGUAGCUGACGAAAGUCCCAUGGAUGCAACCAAGAUCUCACAUGCUAAACUUAUAUAUGCUUUAGAGUUGAAACCAUACAUUGAGGAACCGCUAUCAAUGGACCUGUUGCCUCGAGGGCCUAGGCAUGACUUUGUGUUGUCCACUGGCGAAGCUGUUGAAAAAUAUUGGCAGACUUUAGAGUAUUGCUAUGCUGCUGCUGACCCAAAAGCUGCUGUACGUGCAUUCCCUGGAUCUGUGGUUUUUGAGGUUUGUCUUUAUCGGUCAUGGACUACAGUCAGGGUGAUGAAGGCAGAGCAACGUGCUGAGCUCCUCAAGCGCAUUAAGGAUCAGCAAAGUAAAAAACUCAGCUUUCAGGAGUGUAGAGAAAUCGCCAAAGAUCUCAAUCUUUCUUUAGAGCAGGUGCUUCGUGUAUAUUAUGAUAAUCGGCAACAGCGUCUUAACAGGUUUCAGGGAGAUUUCAAUAUUCAGGGCGUGGUUUCAGAUGCUAGAACUGAUAGGAAUCCUCAAUCUCGGCGCAAAAGGAAGGUAUCUGAAGAAGAAAGAUCGGCAAAGCGUGCGAAAGCCAAUCAUACAAGUGAAUCCCAUGAAGAUAGUGAAGAAGAGGAGUUGGAGGAGCCUGAAGUUGUUGAACAUGAGGAACAACAGGAGUCAUUAAUUGGGCAGUGUAUCAUGCCAAUGUUGAAACCAACUCGUCAGCAAAAGUUCUCAUGGACAGAAGAAGCAGAUAGGCAUUUACUAAUUCAGUAUGCAAGACAAAGAGCAAUUCAAGGUGCAAGGCGCGGCACAGAUUGGGCUUCAAUUAGCGAUCUUCCUGCUCCUCCAAAUACCUGUCGUAGAAGAGUUUCUGUUCUGAGAAGGGACAUUAAAUUUGCAGAAUCUUUGAUGAGGCUGUGUAAGUUGCUUACUCAGAGGUAUGCUCAGCAGCUGGAUCAAGAAAAAAAUGAGUGUGGUCAAGAGUCCCAUUCUCAGGGAAAACGCUGGGAUGAUUUUGAUGAUAGUACAAUUAAGGUAGCCCUUAAGGAGGUUCUUGUACAAAAGCAGAUGAUGAAAUUGGAAUCCGCCAAGAGAAGCGAAUCUGCAUCUCAGGGAGCCCACAAUAUUGUUGCAAGUAGUCCAGGUGAGUUUGACAAUGACUCUGAAAAGCAACAGAUAGGUUCCAGUCAAAGAUCCAGACGCCACCGCCUUCCUCAGAAGUUUGUCAUGCAUUUGAAGGAGGGGGUUAGCAUAACCAAACGAAUGAACCAAUCGUUGGCUGUUUCUUGUGCUGUUGAGCUUUUUAAGCUGGUCUUCCUGACCAACUCAAAAGCAGCUGAAAUGCCAAAUUUGCUAGCGGAAACGUUAUGUUGCUAUUCGGAGCAUGAUCUUUUCUCAGCUUUUGACUACCUCAGGCAGAAAAAAACUCUGGUUGGAAGUGGUCCCAGUCAACCAUUUGUCCUGUCUCAAAGUUUUUUGAGGAGCCUUUCAUUGUCUCAAUUUCCAGCAAAUACGGGGAAGCGAGCUGCUAAGUUAGCAAGAUGGAUAAGUGAAAAGGAGAAGAAGUUGAUGGAAGGAAUGGUGGAUUUACCUUCAGAUCUGCAGUGUGGAGAUGUUUUCCAUUUGUUUGCUUUAAUUUCUUCUGGAGAGCUGUCCAUUAUGCCGGUUCUACCUCUUGAAGGUGUUGGAGAGGCUGAGGACUCGAGAAGUACAAAACGUAAAUAUGAUGACCAUGAAUUUGAGGACAGUGGUGUUAGCAAGAAACAUAAAUGUAACUCUUUGCAAGAAGGUGAGAUCUUUUCCCGGCGAGAGAAAGGCUUCCCUGGUAUAAAAGUUUCUCUAAGUCGAGCAACAAUUUUGAGGUCCAGUACUGUUGAAUUUUUCAAAGAUGAAGGUAAUGCCAUGCUGUUCAGUGAAAAUGAUCAGUUUUACUCGACUUUGGGUCAGAUAGUCAGCUGCACAUUAUCCUCCAUUGGGAGUGUGAAAGAAUCCCCUGAUUUUGGCAGUAUUAUUCCAGCUACUAUUAUUUCUGGUAAUUCAUUGUGGGAAGUUAUGACAAAUUUCACUAUUCAAGAUCUGUCCAAACAUAGUGGACAAGAAUAUGCUCAAUUGCAUCCAGAGCUUUUCAAAAUUGCACACACAAAUAUUCAGAAAGCUGGUGAUCAGGGCUUAACCAUGUCAAAGGUUUCUGAGUGCUUGGGAAUUCAAGGUACAAUUCUGGCUGAACAUGUUGUUGAUGUGCUUCAAUUGUUUGGCCUUGUAUUGAAGGUCAAUGGUUACAAUUCUAUUCAUGUAGUUCAUGGUCAAUAUCUCACCAAGUACUUUCUGGCCUCAAAGACAACUUAUUCUCAAGGUCCUGGAAUGGCUUCAUCUUCAGUUCCUCAGAGAGAUGAGACACAUAUAGUUGAAGGGACUGCAGAUUGUGAAGAUAAAGUGAAUUACUCAGAUGAUUGUGAAGUGCAUAGUCGUAAUUCAUCUGAAGAGGUCUCACCACUCUUUAAUGAAGUUCAGGCUCACAAAAAGCUUGAAGGAAGCAGCUCUAGAACAUCCACUGAAGAUAGGGAGAAUAUCCAAAACUUUGACAAAUCAACUGCUGCUUUCCGGCCAAUUUUGCCUUGGAUCAAUGGGGAUGGAACUAUUAAUAGGAUUGUUUACAGGGGGCUUACACGUCGUAUACUUGGUAUUGUGACUCAAAAUCCUGCCAUACUAGAGGCUGAUAUUCUCAGUCAAAUGGAAGUAUUAAACCCGCAGAGUUGCCGAAAGUUGUUGGAAUUGAUGGUUUUGGAUAAACACCUUAUUGUGCGGAAGAUGACUCAAAGAACUUCUUCAACACCCCCUGCCUUGCUGGAGAGUCUCAUUGGCAGCCACUGUAGACCUAAGUUUGUUUGUCGACAGCAUUACUUUGCAAAUCCAAUGAGUACUUCACUGCUAUGAUUUUAGGAUCCUUACAGUUUGCUUAAGAGUCAUAUCCUAUGCUGUACAAGAGUUCUUGCUCAGCAGUUUUUUUUCUUCUUCUUUUAGCGUAGAGGCUUCUCGUUGUUGAGCCCCUGGCGCAAACAAUGUGUACAGUUUCUAUCAAUACAUGGUUCUACUGUUGCAACUUCUUUUACUAGUAGAUCAUUAAGGCCGAGGACUUAAACUAGUGGUUAAGAGUUAAGACUGAUAGCAUGUGUACGAAUUUCAUGGGUUCAAAUUCCCUCAUCCCUAUUUGUAAUUUGUAUUGCCCUUGUGACUCAUUUGGAUAAAUAUAAAAAAGAAAAAAAAA